AUGGGAGAAGGUAGGAACCCACAAGGUGGUACCGUUGAGCUUAACGUUCAUUCUUAUCGUGACGAUUCCGCCGUCCAUAAUGGUCAUGGACGUGGGUCUCAACCGUCUAAUCCUCCCGUCAUUCAUGAUCGUGAUUUCAGGCUCUUUGAUCGAUGGUUCCCAUGGUUGGUUCCAACCUUUGUGUUUGCUAAUAUUGUUAUCUUCAUUGUUACCAUGUAUGUUAAUGAUUGUCCUAAGAAUUCCUUUAAUGGUUCCUGUGUUGCUUCUUUCCUUGGAAGAUUCUCCUUUCAACCCCUCAAAGAAAACCCUCUCUUUGGUCCUUCUGCCACUACAUUAGGGAAGAUGGGUGCUCUAGUAGUAGAUAAAGUGGUUCAUGGACACGAAGGUUGGCGCCUUCUCUCUUGUAUAUGGUUGCAUGGUGGAGCAAUACAUGUACUUGCCAACAUGUUGAGUCUUGUUUUUAUUGGAGUUCGGCUUGAACAAGAAUUUGGAUUUGUUAGAAUUGGGAUUCUGUAUGUGAUAUCUGGUUUUGGAGGGAGUUUACUGUCUGCUCUAUUCAUACAGUCGGGUAUCUCAGUUGGCGCUUCUGGUGCAUUAUUUGGCUUACUUGGAGGAAUGCUCUCGGAGAUUUUGAUAAAUUGGACAAUAUAUGCCAAUAAGUUGGCUGCGUUGUUAACUCUAAUAGUCAUUGUCCUAAUCAAUUUGGCUGUUGGAAUCCUUCCACAUGUGGACAAUUUCGCUCAUCUUGGAGGAUUCGGUUCCGGGUUUCUUCUUGGAUUUAUCCUUCUUAUUCGUCCACAGUUUAAAUGGAUUAGCCAGAACAGAUCUCCCUCUGGAUUUGCACCUUCUGUAAAACAUAAACACAAAUCUUAUCAGUAUGCACUUUGGAUUUUGUCUUUCGUAAUACUCGCUGCAGCAUUGAUUGCUGGGAUUGUUUUGCUCUUUGAAGGUGUUAACUUGAAUGAACAUUGCUCAUGGUGUCAUUAUUUAAGCUGUGUUCCAACCUCAAAAUGGAGUUGUCAAGAACAAAAGAUUUAUUGUCAGACGGAUGAAAUGGGAAAUCAACUUAACAUCACAUGCAUGAGCACUGGGAGAAGUUACAUUUAUCCUCUGUCAAGCACUAGCUCUUCUGAUAUGCAACAACUUUGUACGCGACUUUGCCGGGGAUAG